AACAAAACAAAACAAAGCAAACGGGUCCUCACGGCGGCUUUCGUACGUUCUCGAUUCCACUUAGACGAAGAAGACUUGCUUACUGUACGCUGUUGAACAUUGUGCUGAUCGUGUUGCUCGAGGAAGUGCUCAACUGCUGAUAGCAACGACCACCGCGAUACCUGGCGGACUACGAAAGAGAGCAGUUAGAGAGUCAAACGACGCCUAGAUCUGAAGGCCAUGGCGGAAGUAAAACGAGAGGAGUUGGAGCCUGUCCAAGAGGACGCUGAGAUGGCUCACUCGGAAAGCACCCAGAGGGAAACAGAUGGUUGUGGCUCACCACACGUUAAACCAGAAAAGAGAAAGAUUGACAGCCUUGAGGAUGGGGAUGAUUCAGGUUCGGCGGCUAAUGCUGUGAAGGAUGAAGUUGUAAAUGGACAUAACGGCACGCUGGCCAAGGAUAAGGCCAUUAUCGUACCCGCUGUACCACCUGAGGUCCACUACAUUCCACUGAAGACUGGGCUCUGCUACGACGUGCGUAUGAGAUACCACGCAAAGAUAUUCACGUCGUAUUUUGAAUACAUAGAUCCUCAUCCAGAGGACCCCAGACGUAUCUAUCGUAUCUAUAAGAUCUUGGCCGAGUCGGGCCUCAUCACCGACCCAACACUCUCCGGUGUGGAUUCCAUUGGUGACUUGAUGCUGAAGAUACCCGUGAGAGAAGCCAAGGCUGAGGAGAUUUUACAAGUGCACACUAGGGAACACUUGAAUUUCAUUGAAAGUACAACAUCAAUGACAAAGGAACAGCUUAUGGAACUUACCGAGAAGGGAGACUCUGUGUACUUCAACCACGACUCCUACUUGGGCGCUAAGCUAAGUUGUGGUGGUGCCAUUGAGGCUUGUAAAGCGGUUGUCGAAGGCAAAGUUAAAAACGCAUUAGCUGUUGUACGUCCUCCAGGUCAUCACGCUGAGCCAGAUACUCCUGGUGGGUUCUGUCUAUUCUCAAACGUUGCUGUUGCUGCAAAGAACAUACUGAAGAACUACCCUGAAUCAGUUAGAAAGAUUGUCGUGCUAGAUUGGGACGUCCAUCACGGUAACGGUACUCAAAAGGCAUUCUAUGAUGACCCAAGAGUCUUGUAUAUUUCCCUACACAGAUAUGAAGCUGGUAAGUACUAUCCAGGUACCCUUGCAGGAGCUGCAGAUCAAGUCGGAGAAGGGGCUGGUGUUGGAACAAACGUGAAUAUCCCUUGGCCGGUUGCCGGAAUGGGUGAUGCAGACUACAUAUAUGCAUUCAAUCAAGUUGUCAUGCCAAUUUGUCACGAGUUUGACCCAGAUCUUGUUAUAAUUUCAUCAGGAUUUGAUGCUGCCGAUGGUGACAUGAUUGGUCAGUGCCACGUCUCGCCAGGUGCGUACGGCCAUAUGACACAUAUGCUCAAGAGUCUAGCGAAGGGGAAUCUAGUUGUUGUCCUUGAAGGUGGUUAUAAUCUCGACUCAAUUGCUGUCUCUGCAUUGGCAGUGGCAAAAGUGUUGGUUGGUGAGCCACCAGAUAGUUUGAAGACUAUAACACCAAAGAUUGAGGCAGUGGAAACAAUUGGUUCUGUUAUUGAGAUUCAAUCCAAGUACUUCAAGAUAUUACGUCCAGGACAUUCUGCAAUUGACCACUCUGUACCAACUGGAGAUGGAAAUAAGAACUUUGAUUUACAAGAAGCUAUACGUUCACAACAGGCAACAGACCUAUUCACCAAGUAUAAUUUCAUUAACCUUCCUAUCUUCAACGAUAGACCAGCUUCUGAAACAGCCAACCAGAUUCUGGCAUCACCAGGGAUUUAUGAUGCGGACACUAUAAUAAUUGCAGUACACGAUCCGGCUGAGGUAUGGGCUAAAGUUGAUCCUGUCAGUGGACUAAUCAAUCCAUCUGGAUCUAUCAUUAUUGACUCCACAUUGAAACUGAUGGAAUGGUCAAAGCAGGAGAACUUUGCAUUUAUUGACAUAAACAUCCCUGAUCCGGGCUUGUCUGAUGAAAGUUUCAGUUCAUCACAUGAUGUCUUACUUUAUCUUUGGGACAACUAUAUUCAAUAUUUCAAGGCAACAAAGAUUGCCUUUGUUGGCCUUGGUGAUUCAUAUGCUGGCAUUGUUCAUCUGUUGGGCCAUAGAGAGGUACGUAAGAUUGUAAAAGCUAGUAUUGCUGUGGUUGACAGAAAUGUACUGAGACCAAUUGUCCCAUUGGUUGAUGAAGCAAUGACUGAUUGGUUCUUCAAGAACUCUUUGAUAUUCACCAGUGUCAAUCACUCAUGUUGGGGCCCUGAUGGUACAGAAAGCAAAAAACCAAGAAAGAAAUUCGGUAGAGUGUUAAAGAGUGAUACUGACGGUGUUGAUAAUAUCUUGGAGGAAAGAUUCAGUGAGACUACUGACUUCAUUCUAGACUCUUUUGAGGAUUAUGAUAGCAGUUCAACUCAUUAAUUUGGAAGAUUCCCACAAAUUGUGUAUUAUUAUUCUACAUUGUAUGAGAGAUAAGAUUCUCAUAUGCAUAAUGAUCGGACUGUAUAUAACACA